GCCCAGCCACACCUAGCACAGGGCCAGCACCUGGUACAAGAGCCCAGCCACCUGGUACAGGCCCAGCCACACCUGGUACAGGCCAGCCACACCUGGUACGGGGCCUGCACCUGGUGCAGGCCCAGCCACACCUGGUACAGGCCCAGCCACACCUGGUACAGGCCCAGCCACACACCUGGGUACGGGGCCCCAGCCACACCUGGUACAGGCCCAGCACACCUGGUGCAGGCCCAGCCACCUGGUGCAGAGCCCAGCCACCCUGGUACAGGCCAGCCACACCUGGUACAGGAGCCCAGCCACACCUGGUACAGAGCCAGCCACACCUGGUGAGGCCCAGCCACACCUGGUGCAGGCCCAGCCACACCUGGUACAGGGCCCAGCCACACCUGGUACAGGCCAGCCACCUGGUACAGGCCCAGCCACACCUGGUACAGGCCGCCACACCUGGUACAGAGCCCAGCCACACCUGGUACAGGCCCAGCCGCACCUGGUGCAGGCCCAGCCACACGUGCCAGGGCCCAGCCACACCUGGUACAGGCCAGCCACACCUGGUGCAGGGCAGCCACUGGUACAGGCCCAGCCACCUGGUAGACAGGCCCAGCCACACCUGGUGCAGGGCCCAGCCACACCUGGUACAGGCCAAGACACCUGGUGCCAGGCCCAGCCACACCUGGUGCAGCCCAGCCACACCUGAGUGCAGAGCCCAGCCACCACCUGGUGCAGGCCCAGCACACCUGGUGCAGAGGCCAAUUGCAGGCCCAACCACACUGGUGCAGGCCAGCCACACCUGGUGCAGAGGCCCAGCCACACCUGGUGCAGAGCCCAGCCACCCCUGGUACAGAGGCCCAGCCACAGGCCCAGCACACCUGGUGCAGGCCCAGCCACACAGUACAGGCCAACCACCAGUACCAGGCAGCACACCUGGUACAGGCCAGCCACACCUGGUACAGGCCCAGCCACACCUGGUACAGGGCCCAGCCACUGCAGAGUGCAGAGCCCAGCCACACCUGGUGCAGGCCAGCCACACCUGGUACAGGCCAACCACACCUGGUACAGGCCCAGCCACCUGGUACAGAGCCAGCCACACCUGGUGCAGGCCCAGCCACACCGUGCAGGCCCAGCCACCUGGUACAGGCCCAGCCACACCUGGUACAGGCCAGCCACACCUGGUACAGAGGCCCAGCCACACUGGUACAGAGCCCAGCCACACCUGGUACAGGCAGCGUCAGGCCCAACCACACCUGGUACAGGCCCAGCCACACUGGUCAGGUGGCCACCUAGUACAGGCCGCCACCACACCUGGUGCAGGCAGCCACACCUGGUGCAGAGCCCAGCCACACCUGGUGGAGCCCAGCCACACUGGUACAGGGCCAGCCACACCUAGUGCAGGCCCAGCCACACCUGGUGCAGGGCCCAACCACACCUGGUACAGGGCCCAGCCACACCUGGUGCAGGCCCAGCCACCUGGUACAGGCCAGCCACACCUGGUACAGGCCCAGCCACACCUGGUGCAGGGGCCCAGCCACCUGGUGAGGCCCAGCCACACCUGGUACAGGAGCCCAGCCACACCUGGUGCAGAGCCCAGCCACACCAGGUACCAGGCCCAGCCACACCUGGUACAGGGCCCAGCACACCUGGUACAGGCCCAGCCACACCUGGUACAGAGCCCAGCCACACCGUACAGAGCCCAGCCACACCUGGUGCAGGCCCAGCCACACCUGGUGCAAGCCCAACCACCUGAGUGGCCCAGCCACACCUGGUACAGAGCCCAGCCACACCCUGGUACAGGCCCAGCCACACCUGGUGCAGGCCCAGCCACACCUGGUACAGGCCAGCCACACCUGGUACGGGCCCACACGAGGCCCAGCCACACCUGGUACAGGCCCAGCCACACCUGGUACCAGGCCCAGCCACACCUGGUACAGGGCCCAGCCACACCUGGUGGAGGCCAGCCACCUGGUGGGGCCAGCCACCUGGUGCAGGCCCAGCCACCUGAGUGCAGGGCCCAGCCACACCUGGUACAGGCCAACCAGUGCAGGCCCAGCCACACCUGGUACAGAGGCCCAGCCACACCUGGUACAGGCCCAGCCACACCUGGUACAGGCCCAGCCACACCUGGUGCAGGCCAGCCACACUGGUACAGGCCCAGCCACCUGGUACAGGCCCAGCCCACCUGGUACAGGGCCACCUGGUACAGGCCCAGCCACCUGGUACAGGCCCAGCCACACCUGGUACCAGGCCAGCCACCUGGUACAGGCCCAACCACACCUGGUGGGCCCAGCCACACUGGUGCAGGCCCAGCCACACCUGGUACAGGGCCCAGCACCUGGUGCAGGGCCCAGCCACACCUGGUACAGAGCCCAGCCACACCUGGUACAGAGCCCAGCCACACCUGGUGCAGAGCCCAGCCACCUGGUGGAGCCCAGCCACUGAGUGCAGAGCCCAACCACACCUGGUACAGAGCCCAGCCACACCUAUUACAGGCAGCCACACCUGGUACAGGCCCAGCCACACCUGGCCCAGCCACUGGUGGGCCCAGCCACACCUGGUACAGGCCCAGCCACCUGGUGACCUGGGCCAGGGCCCAGCCACCUGGUACAGGGCCAGCCACCUGGUACCAGGCCCAGACUUGCAGGCCCAGCCACCUGGUGCAGGCCAGCCACCAGUAUGAGGCCCAGCCACCUGGUGCAGGGUCCAGCCACCUGGUACAGACCCAGCCACACCUGGUACAGGUGCCUGGUGCAGGCAACCACACCUGGUGGGGCCAGCCACACCUGGUACAGGCCCAACCACUGGCACAGGCCCAGCCACACCGUGCAGACUGA